UAACAGCUGUCACCAUUUUGUUUUCCUUUUAUCAUUUUUUUUUCAUACGAUACUCCUUAACGAUACGAAUUCGAGUCUAGUAACUAGGAUCUUGUUGAGAAUUGAAAAUAUUGUGAUUAGAAACGCUGAAGUCUACGAAUUAUUGCGUGCUUUUUAUUCGUAUAAUCAAGGUAAACCAUUUCUGGGACGAUAAUCAACAUCAAAACCUAUCACGUAUUUGUUGGAAAAUAAUGUAAUUCGUAAUACUUUUCGAGAUAUAGACUCACGUUUAACGAGUGUUAGUCUGUUAUUUUCAUUACAAAGCAGUUUCUAAUUGAUUUUUGUCGAGAUUUUAAGCCGUAGAAAGAUGGAAAAUCAAAUUAACGAGACCUCGUUAGGAUGGUGGGAAUGGUUCAUGUUUAAAACGAACGAAUUUGGAUCAACGGCUAUGAACGUAUGCGAUAGUCUCGGUGACAGUUUAUCUUCAUUUUUUGGAAUCACAACGCCCAAAUAUCAAUUCGAAAUCGAUCAUUUCAACAUGAUGAAACAACUGGAAGCUGAGAAUUCCGAUGCUGAAAUGGGAGCGAUGAAUGUUCAACCAACGAAACCACUAGAUGCAAAGCUAGAGAAAUCAGCAUCAUCGACAUCUCCGUCCGUGUAAUAUUUCCAAUUUUAUUCGUAUCGGCGAAGGAUGGUUUUUCAAUCCAUCUCCAGUUCAGAUUCUAAAGUUAUUUUUUUAUAUUAUUUUAUCGAUCACUCCAGCAAAUUUAUUCAGUGUUACAUCGGUGAUUUCUGUGUUCUGUUUAAUAUAUUAAUUGAGAGCAACUUUUAAAUGCACGUUUUUUUUUUAAAUUCUUAAAUACUUGUAUUACGAAUUGAUUAGAAAUUAUUACUGAUCUUUUUCUUAUUAUCUAUUUUCCAAAGUCAUUUAUUUUUACUUUUUUAUAUCGUGUAGUUUUUGUUAAAAUUUAGGUUGCAUUAUUAUUUAUUAAAAGCGUAUUUUAAAAUCA